CGAGACGAGACUCAACGUUCGAAUUUUCCGCCAUUUUGUGACGGACAUUACCGAGCGAUAAUUCAGUGAUUUUAUGUUAUUUUUUAUGCUAAAACAAAAAACUCUGGAUUACUAUGGACAGUAUAAGUAUACAGCGGAUCUACUGAUAUACAUCAUGUGGACGAUAAAGUCGCCAACGUAGAGAAAUUUCAUGUAGAAGUUCGAGAUUCAAAAUUAAAAUUUGCGCGCCAUUUUUCAUCGUCAUUGGAUUUGUGACUCAGAUUUGGAUUGUUUUUACCCCCAAAACAAGUUCCUGGAUGACGGAGCAUCGAAUCAUAGAUACCGUGGACAUAUUGGAAUAUUCCUGACUGCUCGGGCAGUUGAACAAACCGCGCCAUGCUCCGGCUGCCUACCCACCAGUAGUGACAGCCGAUGCAAUAGUAGCCAUGGCAACGCACAAGCAGCAAGUUGACAUGGAUGCCAUCAGUAUGCAAAGCCGCAUUCCGACGACAUUCAGAGAUCCCAGUGCUGCUCCUUUGAGAAAACUGAGUACAGAUUUGAUAAAGACUUACAAACAUAUUAACGAGGUAUACUAUGCUAAGAAAAAGCGAAGAGCCCAACAAGCCCAGGGUGACGAUACAAGUCAUAAAAAGGAACGCCGCCUCUAUAAUGACGGCUAUGAUGAUGAUAGUCAUGAUUAUAUCGUUAAACCUGGGGAGAAAUGGAUGGACAGAUAUGAGAUUGAUUCUCUAAUUGGAAAAGGCUCAUUUGGUCAGGUUGUGAAAGCAUUUGACCAUGCAGACCAAGAACAAGUGGCAAUCAAGAUCAUCAAAAAUAAGAAACCAUUUCUCAACCAGGCACAGAUAGAAGUGAGACUCCUUGAGCUUAUGAAUAAACAUGAUGCUGAGAGUAAAUAUUAUAUAGUCAAACUACGGCGACAUUUUGUGUUCCGCAACCACUUAUGUUUGGUAUUUGAGCUGUUAUCAUACAACCUCUAUGACCUAUUACGGAAUACUAAUUUCCGUGGAGUAUCGUUGAAUCUGACACGAAAGUUUGCCCAACAGCUGUGUACGGCUUUGCUAUUCCUUGCCACCCCCGAGCUGAACAUUAUACACUGUGACUUGAAGCCAGAGAACAUUCUAUUGUGCAAUCCGAAACGAAGUGCAAUUAAAAUAGUCGACUUUGGGAGUUCCUGCCAGUUAGGACAGAGGAUAUACCAGUAUAUACAGAGUAGGUUUUAUCGCUCACCAGAAGUAUUACUGGGUAUUCCCUAUGACUUGGCUAUAGACAUGUGGAGCCUCGGCUGUAUAUUAGUGGAGAUGCACACUGGGGAACCCCUAUUUGCUGGAUCUAAUGAGUUCGAUCAGAUGAUGAAGAUAACUGAAGUAUUAGGAAUUCCUCCAGCUUCCAUCUUGGAUAAUGCUCCAAAGGCUCGCAAAUACUUUGAUAAACUGCCCAAUGGUACUUAUGUCUGCAAGAAACCUAAAGAUGGCAAAAAGUACAAAUCUCCAUGUACACGUAAACUGCAUGACAUCAUCGGAGCAGAGAAAGGAGGCCCUGGAGGGCGCCGAGCAGGAGAGCAAGGUCAUUCAGUGUCAGAUUAUCUCAAGUUCAAAGAUCUAAUCAUGCGCAUGUUGGACUUUGAUCCCAAGAACCGGAUUACUCCAUAUUACUGUCUUCAGCAUAACUUCUUUAAGAGGACAACAGAUGAAAGCACUAAUACUUCUAAUAGUACGUCUACCAGCCCUGCAAUGGAGCAGACCGCUGCAGCCAGCCCCUCACAGGCUGCUAAUACCAGUAGCGGUCGUGCUCGGUCAGACCCUACUCACCAACAUGGGGGUCACAUAGGUCAGCAGCAUCCCCAGUCACACUCUGCAGUCCACCAAGGGGGCCAGCAUAGUGUUACGGGGCCAGUUACGAGUAAUGCUAUGGACUGUGAGUCACCUGGCUCACAGCAACAGCGACUACAACUCUACCAGCAAGCGUGGACAGGGGACCAGGGUCGGCGUAGCAACAGUGGUUCUAACCAAUCACAACGUCCCCACCAUUCUCCAUCUCAUGCUCAUACUUCUAGUGACAGUCAGAGGCCUCCCGCGCCCCGUAUCCCAACCUCAUCUAGCACAGGGCUUGAAUACACACCCAACUUUACAGGUGCACCCGCAACAUUGGACACAACACAGACUGGAUCUGGCAACAUGCAAUUGACCAACUAUAGCCACCCAAGCACUGGGGCUAGCCAUCAGUACCCUCAACACCCCCAGCCUACCUAUCUAGCUGGAGCUAACUUUCAAGUCCCCUAUUCAUCAUAUUCAAGUACAAGUUCAAAUCCGACAUUUACGGAGGGUUCAAGUCAGUCGCAUACACGGACUAGUUCAGAUCGUAGUGAAGAGAGCCCAAUGGUAGGUGUGUGUGUGCAGCAGAGUCCAGUAGCCAGCCAUUAACAUCACCCAGGCCAGACUAAGCAAUCAAUGCAGGUCCUGUGAGGUGUAGGGUAGGCUAUGGGGAGCUGAACACACACAUCGGGUGAACUAAAUGCAUACAUGGAGAGGAUUAUAGAUAGAGGCAAAUGUAGUGUGUUCAUUUUAACAGGCAUGGCAAGCUGUCAUAGACACAACUGGGGAAUAUACUACUACUAUAGUAAUUAUUACCACUAGGCUUGGCUAAUUCACGGGACCUCCUCAAAGUGUGGGCCAACAGUACAGGGCAAGCCAGCGAGGCAGGUACGCCGCGGCUCCUGUAUGCUGUACGCAUAACAGAGCAAACACAGAAUAGGUGCACACUGCAUACAGAAGUGCUGCACAAAAUAGAGAA